AUGGGUCUAAAGCUAAAGUCGGCAGUCGCAGAGUUAACCCCCACAAAGGUUACACAAGGAAAAACACUUUAUCUCAACGAGGAACAAUUUGCAGCAACACAUGCAAUCGAUAAAGACCUCUCAACUGUAGCAGCUACUGUCACUGAUAACGGAGCAGGCUGGAUAAAGUUAGAGUUUGAUGGAACCUACUUUAUCCACAAGGUCCUUAUCUACCACCAAUUUUAUACCGACUGGUACCAAAACCGUCCUGAAAGUCAAUGGUGUGCAGAGAAUGAAGCUAAUUUUAAGAUGUGUGUGGAUGGUCAUAACGAUGUAGAUGUGUCAGUGUACCAAGGAGAGGUAAAACAGAGCUCCUGCGGGACACUCCAACUAACAUACGGACUAGAGCAGGCAGACCAGAUCUACACACUGAUCUGUGACACUGACGGGGACACUGUAAAGCUCAGCAAGAGUAUAGGGAACAUAAAUGUAGCUGAAGUUGUUGUAACAGGUCUAAAGCUAAAGUCGGCAGUCGCAGAGUUGACCCCCACAAAGGUUACACAAGGAAAAACACUUUAUCUCAACGAGGAACAAUUUGCAGCAACACAUGCAAUCGAUAAAGACCUCUCAACUGUAGCAGCUACUGUCACUGAUAACGGAGCAGGCUGGAUAAAGUUAGAGUUUGAUGGAACCUACUUUAUCCACAAGGUCCUUAUCUACCACCAAUUUUAUACCGACUGGUACCAAAACCGUCCUGAAAGUCAAUGGUGUGCAGAGAAUGAAGCUAAUUUUAAGAUGUGUGUGGAUGGUCAUAACGAUGUAGAUGUGUCAGUGUACCAAGGAGAGGUAAAACAGAGCUCCUGCGGGACACUCCAACUAACAUACGGACUAGAGCAGGCAGACCAGAUCUACACACUGAUCUGUGACACUGACGGGGACACUGUAAAGCUCAGCAAGAGUAUAGGGAACAUAAAUGUAGCUGAAGUUGUUGUAACAGGUCUAAAGCUAAAGUCGGCAGUCGCAGAGUUAACCCCCACAAAGGUUACACAAGGAAAAACACUUUAUCUCAACGAGGAACAAUUUGCAGCAACACAUGCAAUCGAUAAAGACCUCUCAACUGUAGCAGCUACUGUCACUGAUAACGGAGCAGGCUGGAUAAAGUUAGAGUUUGAUGGAACCUACUUUAUCCACAAGGUCCUUAUCUACCACCAAUUUUAUACCGACUGGUACCAAAACCGUCCUGAAAGUCAAUGGUGUGCAGAGAAUGAAGCUAAUUUUAAGAUGUGUGUGGAUGGUCAUAACGAUGUAGAUGUGUCAGUGUACCAAGGAGAGGUAAAACAGAGCUCCUGCGGGACACUCCAACUAACAUACGGACUAGAGCAGGCAGACCAGAUCUACACACUGAUCUGUGACACUGACGGGGACACUGUAAAGCUCAGCAAGAGUAUAGGGAACAUAAAUGUAGCUGAAGUUGUUGUAACAGGUCUAAAGCUAAAGUCGGCAGUCGCAGAGUUGACCCCCACAAAGGUUACACAAGGAAAAACACUUUAUCUCAACGAGGAACAAUUUGCAGCAACACAUGCAAUCGAUAAAGACCUCUCAACUGUAGCAGCUACUGUCACUGAUAACGGAGCAGGCUGGAUAAAGUUAGAGUUUGAUGGAACCUACUUUAUCCACAAGGUCCUUAUCUACCACCAAUUUUAUACCGACUGGUACCAAAACCGUCCUGAAAGUCAAUGGUGUGCAGAGAAUGAUGCUAAUUUUAAGAUGUGUGUGGAUGGUCAUAACGAAGUAGAUGUGUCAGUGUACCAAGGAGAGGUAAAACAGAGCUCCUGCGGGACACUCCAACUAACAUACGGACUAGAGCAGGCAGACCAGAUCUACACACUGAUCUGUGACACUGACGGGGACACUGUAAAGCUCAGCAAGAGUAUAGGGAACAUAAAUGUAGCUGAAGUUGUUGUAACAGGUCUAAAGCUAAAGUCGGCAGUCGCAGAGUUAACCCCCACAAAGGUUACACAAGGAAAAACACUUUAUCUCAACGAGGAACAAUUUGCAGCAACACAUGCAAUCGAUAAAGACCUCUCAACUGUAGCAGCUACUGUCACUGAUAACGGAGCAGGCUGGAUAAAGUUAGAGUUUGAUGGAACCUACUUUAUCCACAAGGUCCUUAUCUACCACCAAUUUUAUACCAACUGGUACCAAAACCGUCCUGAAAGUCAAUGGUGUGCAGAGAAUGAUGCUAAUUUUAAGAUGUGUGUGGAUGGUCAUAACGAAGUAGAUGUGUCAGUGUACCAAGGAGAGGUAAAACAGAGCUCUUGCGGGACACUCCAACUAACAUACGGACUAGAGCAGGCAGACCAGAUCUACACACUGAUCUGUGACACUGACGGGGACACUGUAAAGCUCAGCAAGAGUAUAGGGAACAUAAAUGUAGCUGAAGUUGUUGUAACAGGAGCAGAAUGUGAGGAAGGGAAGGCACGUUGUGCGGAUGGAGUGCAAUGUAUUGAGGACAAUUCUUUUUGUGAUGGUUCAGCAGAUUGUGAAGAUGGUUCAGAUGAAGAUAAUUGCCCAGUUGAUGGAGGAUUGAGUGCGUUUGGAGAAUGGUCAGAGUGCUCAACUUCUUGUGGAGAAGGACAACAGACCAGGGAAAGAAGCUGUAACAACCCAGCCCCAGAUAAUGGUGGUGCUGAUUGUGAGGGAAGUUUGACAGAAUCGCAAAAUUGCAACUCCGGUCCUUGUCCAGUUGAUGGAGGAUUAGUUGAUGGAGGAUUGAGUGCGUUUGGAGAAUGGUCAGAGUGCUCAACUUCUUGUGGAGAAGGCCAAGGACAACAGACCAGGGAAAGAAGCUGUAAUAACCCAGCCCCAGCUAAUGGUGGUGCUGAUUGUGAGGGAAGUUUGACAGAAGCGCAAAAUUGCAACUCCGGUCCUUGUCCAGUUGAUGGAGGAUUAGUUGAUGGAGGAUUGAGUGCGUUUGGAGAAUGGUCAGAGUGCUCAACUUCUUGUGGAGAAGGCCAAGGACAACAGACCAGGGAAAGAAGCUGUAAUAACCCAGCCCCAGCUAAUGGUGGUGCUGAUUGUGAGGGAAGUUUGACAGAAGCGCAAAAUUGCAACUCCGGUCCUUGUCCAGUUGAUGGAGGAUUAGUUGAUGGAGGAUUGAGUGCGUUUGGAGAAUGGUCAGAGUGCUCAACUUCUUGUGGAGAAGGCCAAGGACAACAGACCAGGGAAAGAAGCUGUAAUAACCCAGCCCCAGCUAAUGGUGGUGCUGAUUGUGAGGGAAGUUUGACAGAAGCGCAAAAUUGCAACUCCGGUCCUUGUCCAGUUGAUGGAGGAUUAGUUGAUGGAGGAUUGAGUGCGUUUGGAGAAUGGUCAGAGUGCUCAACUUCUUGUGGAGAAGGCCAAGGACAACAGACCAGGGAAAGAAGCUGUAACAACCCAGCCCCAGCUAAUGGUGGUGCUGAUUGUGAGGGAAGUUUGACAGAAGCGCAAAAUUGCAACUCCGGUCCUUGUCCAGUUGAUGGAGGAUUGAGUGCGUUUGGAGAAUGGUCAGAGUGCUCAACUUCUUGUGGAGAAGGACAACAGACCAGGGAAAGAAGCUGUAACAACCCAGCCCCAGAUAAUGGUGGUGCUGAUUGUGAGGGAAGUUUGACAGAAGCGCAAAAUUGCAACUCCGGUCCUUGUCCAGUUGAUGGAGGAUUAGUUGAUGGAGGAUUGAGUGCGUUUGGAGAAUGGUCAGAGUGCUCAACUUCUUGUGGAGAAGGCCAAGGACAACAGACCAGGGAAAGAAGCUGUAACAACCCAGCCCCAGCUAAUGGUGGUGCUGAUUGUGAGGGAAGUUUGACAGAAGCGCAAAAUUGCAACUCCGGUCCUUGUCCAGUUGAUGGAGGAUUGAGUGCGUUUGGAGAAUGGUCAGAGUGCUCAACUUCUUGUGGAGAAGGCCAAGGACAACAGACCAGGGAAAGAAGCUGUAACAACCCAGCCCCAGCUAAUGGUGGUGCUGAUUGUGAGGGAAGUUUGACAGAAGCGCAAAAUUGCAACUCCGGUCCUUGUCCAGCUCCCCAGGACAGGAGUGUAGUGGUUGAUAACGCUAGAUGUCAGUCGGUGUGCAGAAUUUACAAUUGAUAAAAACUAUCAUAUCUGCUAUCUGUCUCCAUUUGAGGGGACAGAUAAACUAUAAGGACGGGAAGCUGUCGCAAGUGCAGCUUAUGGACAUGGAAUUGACAAACACUUUUAGUUUCGCUGAAUUGUAAUUGUGCUUUCACGGACUAACUUUAAUACAGGAGUUUAGUUACCUCCGAUAAUAGUAUAUCAAUGUAGCAAUUUCAAAAAUCUAUUUUAACCACAGUUUGGUUACUAUGGUUACCACAGUUUGGUUACUAUGGUUACCACAGUUUGGUACCUGAAGCCUACUUUCGAUCACAGCUAUUUUAAAGACUACUUAAAAUUUUACAUUGAAGCAUCUUUUUAAUUUCGUCUACGUUAAGCAGUAUGAGUAAGCACGUAAUAUUACUAUAUUACUAUAUUGGUAAUACUAGCAUUAGAUAAGCUUCACAUUUCAUGCAUAACUUGUAGUUUAGACCAGAAGAUUGCACAGGAUCCAGUAAGUGCCCCUCGUUUGUUCCUCGUGCUGGUGACCGUGAGAAUAUAGCAUUCGACUUCUAAUGAUAUAAUGUUUCUGUUUUAUGCCGAUAUAAUCCAAUCAAUAUAUUGUGUAUUUUAUAAUUCAAAUUGAUAAAUGCCAAAUUGAUUUUG